AUGUCUCACGCAGUGGAAACAUACGGAUUGCUACCCACCAACCACUUCGGAGCCCGCAAACAACGAUCUGCCGAACAGGCCUUGAUGGUGCUUCAAGAAUACAUUUACAUCGCAUGGAGAAGACGCCAUGUCGUGAGCUUGAUUAGUUUCGAUGUGAAGGGAGCCUAUAACGGAGUAUGUAAGGAGAGGCUGCUGCAAAGAUUGAAAGCACGAGGGAUUCCAGAUGCCCUGCUCAGAUGGACUGAAGCAUUUUGUUCCAAUCGCACAGCGACUGUGCAAGCUAACGGUCAGACCUCUGAGGCGCGGGACUUGCCACAGGCUGGUCUACCACAAGGGUCGCCGUUAUCCCCAGUCCUCUACCUAUUUUUCAACGCGGAUCUGGUCCAACGGCGCAUCGACGCGAACGGAGGAGCGAUAGCAUUUGUUGAUGAUUUCACAGCCUGGGUGGCAAGCCCGACAGUACAACUCAACCGGGCCAAACUGCAAGACGUUAUAGACAACGCCUUGGAUUGGGAGCGCAGAAGCGGAGCAACGUUCGAGGCAGAAAAACGGCAAUCAUUCAUUUUACGAAGAAUAAAAACAAAGUCUGCGAUGACCCCUUCACAACCAAAGGCCAAGAUGUCCAUCCCAAGGACCACGUCAAGAUUCUGGGGCUGGUUAUGGAUUCCCGGCUCAAGUAUAAGCAACACAUCGCAAGAGCAGCGUCGAAAGGUCUAG